UUGAACGUAAUCACAAUCACAAAUUCACAAUAGUCAUUAUACGCACAAAGCAAAAAUUUUCAGUGUGAUGAUCUUAAAAAAGUUAUGAAAAUGUUGUGGUAUCUGCCAUGGUCCGAGAGCAUCAAGAAGAGAGCUUGCAGGUAUCUUCUCCAGCGUUACCUGGGCAAUUUUCUCGAACAGAAGCUAACACUGGAUCAGCUGAGUGUUGAUCUCUACAAUGGAACAGGCACGGUUUGCGAUGUUAGCCUUGAUUGCGAUGCACUAAAUAACCUUGGAGAUUCUCAGAACUGGCCACUUGAAAUAGUUGAUGGCCAUAUGCAAAAAAUCACAGUCACAAUACCAUGGUCUACAUUGUUAAAAGAUGACUCCAUUGUGGAAGUUCAUGGCUUGUCACUCACCGUUCAACCCAAAGUACGGACAGAACCAGCAUCAUCAAUGUUGGAGUCUAUGUGGUCUUCUAUGUCCUCAUCCAUGCAGCUGGCUGCAGAUUGUCUCCGUGACGAAGAUGUACCACAAGAGACAAAUCCAGUAGAGGGCAUUGAAAUGUUUGCCCAUGCUAUUGACUCAAUUUUAAGCAGAGUGAAAGUUAAAUUUGUGGACACUAGAAUAAGACUUGAACAUGUUCCUAAAAAUGGUGAUAGAGGCAUUGCCUUAGAUAUUCAUAUACAAAAAGUUGACUACUUUGAUGAGGCUGGAGAGGAACCCACGCCAGAAGUGACAGAUCCAGAAAAACCUAAGACUUACAUUGUCGCUACAUAUACAAAUAAAAAAAUCAGAUUUGAUGGUGUCACAUUCUAUACAGACGAGUUCCCGUCUAAACUGCGCACUAUGGCUCGCAGUCUUAUAAUGGAGAAAUCGACUUCGUCGCAAUUAGACAAAUCAGAGUCUUCACAAAUUGACUCAGCUGAUAUUAACUUCCAGAGCACUAUAUCUGAUGUAUUCUAUGAGACUAGAAGUGUUAUAUCAACUAUAGAAUCAGAUCCUGUCAAAGAAGUUGAUAUGGAAUAUAAUGUACAGACUGAAACACGAGGCGCAACGCCAGAUGAGAAGACUAAUCAACCGGAACCUAUACUGUUUGCUAAGCUUACGGGACACCAAGAGUUAGCGCUUAAAAUCAAGCAUACAGAAGAGGCUGAGGGCCCAAAAGUCGAAGUCAAAAUGCUGCUGGGUUCAUUCAUAGUAUACAUAACGCCAAGACAACUACACACAUUAAUCGAGCUUAUAGAAGCUGUAAAUGAACCUCAACUAGAAGACACAAGCAACAUACCGAUGCGACCAAGUGGUGUAAAUGUCCAAUGUAAACCUAUGAAGCGGGCUGAUUUUCAACUCAUUGAGGCGCAAUUACUGGGCAACUUGGAGAAGCAGAGCACUAAACCUCAUGGAAUGAGUGGAUGGUCAGGACCCAGUUAUGAAGAAAGCGACACGGAUAGCGAGAGGUUUCACCCUAUGACGUCACGCGGGGAGAUGAUGGAGAGCUUUACUUCAUCAGUCAGCUCUAUGAACAACAGCAUGACGUCUAGCCUUAACAUGCCGGUGUCGCAGCCACGUAUUAAGCGAAAUAAAAAAGUUCCUCAAAUCGAUGGUGAUCCUACAGCGGAAGUAUCACACAUUAGUCUAAGGAUAUCCUCAAUAUCCUGUGUUCUACUACAUAAGGAUAUAUUAACCACUUUGCCAAUGGGAGACUGUAUAUCGCCUGCCUCUGCACACACGUUACAUGAGGUGUCAACAGCGUUUUUCGAGCAUCUGCAGCCGUUCCAAAUCACAGAUGGUGGGAAAAAAGAGUUUUCUCUGGCAAAUGAAGCUCUCAAUCACGCGACUAGAAGAAGUCACCUGAGGCUAAUAACAUCAGAGGUGACAUUAGACGGCAGUGAUAAAACCACAUCACACGGCAAUCAAACCUUAUGUGAGGCAUCGAUACGACAUCUUUUAGUAAGAGAGUGUCUCUACACACCAAGUGAUAACCACAAACCAGAAAGUUAUGAUUUGCUGCGAUUUGAUCACAUAGAAGAUGAUGAAGAUAGCGCCAAGAAAACAUCGGUUUCUUCCAAUGCAAAUGUAAAAAUAAAUUUCAAACAGACUUCCAAAUAUAUGAGAGUGUCUGGAGAAAAGAAACUAGUGUAUCCAACAACUGAAGUAGUUGUAAAAUGUAUGCCAUGCCAUUUAGACGUGGAGUUAACGGUAAUUGAACGCAUGUCAGCGACCUUCUUUGGUGGUUCGGCUUCUCAAAAGCCACCCGCAGCCACCUCCCCAAAUAACCAAUUCAACUUCUCACUGCUCUGUCCAAAUCUAGACGCAACAUUAAGGUUUCCUAUAGCAGACCUUCGGCCAAGUGUAAACCGAGAAAUGCGUCGUGUGAGAAGUGAUUACCUCAUGUUUAAAUUCCAAAAUGUAACAGUAGGUUCUCAAAUGUCACCUAGCGUCCGCCCUCUGCCAACCACCGUCACCCUAAAAGCUACCACGCUAGACUUAUACUACAACGAAAACGACAGUUUACCAGCUACUCAUAUAGCUCGUACAACAAUGAGCGAUUCCUCUGAAGGCAAUAUUUUGAGCGGCAACACUACAACCAUGUUACCGACAAUAUCUAUAACAUUCAAACCCACCAAAACUAACAAAGGUCCAUUUGAUGAUGACACACAUUUUGAACCGGCGACUGCCAACCCAAUGACCACAUCUAUGUACAUAAUGCACAAUUUACAUAGUGCACAGCCAAGUCCGUUCAGCGGGAAGAAAAUGGCGCAUCAAAGCUUCACAAAACACGAGAGUGAUAACACGCAAGGUCGUGAAGAAGAAUUAAUAGUACCCGGCACCGACGAAGAAAUGGCCGAGUUCACUACCAGCGCCAUAGAGAAUUCAUCAAUACAUUUAGAAUUCAAUUUGCCUGUACUAAGCUUGCAACUCGAAUCAAAACAAAUAUACGAAAUCAUAUACAACCGUAUCAAUUCGGACUUGCUCUUGUGGGAGCCGCAGAGUUACGAUCCGUACGAAAUCAGCCCACUCAUGUGCGCAUCCAUAUAUCCUGCCUUUGGCGCUUGUAAAAACUCUGGUUACGAUUCAGACACAGACAGCACGUCAUCAGAAGAAGAUAAUCUCUACUAUUCAACAUAUGAUAAUAAAUUAAAGAAAGGAAUUGGUACACCAAAAAUUGUGCAUGAGAAAGACACACAUAACUUCUGUUUUUCUCUAAAAAUCGGCAGUGGACUACUCACUAUAUAUGCCCCCGUGCGGGACAGCAAUAAACGUGUAGUGCCAGGUCAGAUGGGCGAACUGGUGUUGGAAGCACACAAAUUGAAUAUGUGCCAUGUGAGUGGUCUCUAUGGGCGACCAAAAACUGCCCAAAUGUGCCUACGUGCCGGCAAAACAACUCUGUAUCACGAAUCAUUGCUAACCAUCCCAUCUGAGAAGCCAGGCCUACGAUUGUAUGGAGCCACAUUGCCGUUACAUUUAAAAACUACCAUUUACCCAUCGGGAAAAGGUGUGAUUGUGAAGGAAAAUAUAAAAACAAAGGAUAUGUUCUCACUAGCCCUUAAAGUGGACCCUGACUCCGAAACGCCAAACUUGAAGACGAUCUGUAUAGCGCUGGGCAUAGAGCAAGCGACGUUGAGGCACAGAGGUGACAAGAGUAUUGCGUGGUUGACACAACUGAUGGACGUAAUAGAUGUGCUUGACUACCCUGUUCCUGGAUACACUCCCUCUAUAGUAUUGUCGGAACUACAUGUACACGUGUGGGACUGCGCUGUCGACUACAGACCUCUCUACCUGCCGAUAAGGACAGUUCUUACUCUCGGCAACUUCGCUAUAUCUAGCAACCUAAUCGCUGAAACAAACACGUCAUGUCUCCGGUUCCUCGCUCAAGAGUGUACAUUGUUCUUGAUGCAUCUGCACGGAACGAAGCCCCACGUAGCGGUGCCGCAAGACGACGACAAACUACCCGACGUGAUGAAAGAUUACGUUUGUGUUAUUGAUGUCGGUUUAUUCGAGUUGUCCUUAAGGAAGGAUGAUAAAACCAAUUCUGGAAGUGAGCAACCGCAAGUGGAUCUAAGCGCAUCUAACAAUAUGGUGAGCCUGUAUACAUGCUGGGACUCCGCGUCGGCGCUGUGCCGACUUCUGACAUACGCCGCCGCCGACGGUGACUCGCAACCGCCGUUCGAUCCUUCCUCGCGUCAUACCAGCAUAUGCUCGGACCAGCCAAUCGAGCAGCUAGUCGGUUUAGAAAACCGUCCCAUAGAGGAAAUAAGAGAACUGUCGCCCAAUGAAAUUCAGCAAGUCAACGAUCUAAUGGCCGAAGCGCUGAAAGAAAGUCCCAAUACGACACUUGAUGAAGACGAACUGAAUAGUUCUACGGAAAAAGAGGGUGUUGAAAUAUUCUUCUUCCCUGAUGAGUCAAACAUGAGACAAAAGCAAAUAGAACUCACAGAUAUAGACUCAGAAUCUAAAUCAAUAGAGUAUGAAGACUUCCACAGCGGAACGCAAGAUGAACUAGACAUGAAGCCGACAAACGUUCAAGUUGCGAAUGAACUGGGCGAUCCCACUUCCACACCUAAAGCGACGCCAAAGAAACCAAAACGGAAAAAGGUUAAAUCUGGCGGCGAUGGUAGCAACACGGACGAUGAGUACUGCAUAGUGGAAGCGCAAGCGGCGCAGGAUAAUGACUUAGCUGAGCCCGUCGUACACUGGCUCGGAAAUGGACCGGCACACAUGUUCGAUAACCAUUUCUCCGUACCGGCUGCGAGGACUGAUGUACUGAAGGCACCCAAAAGUUUCCCGCCUCCGACUUAUAGAUACAGCUUGUGCGAAAUGAGUGUGACGUGGCACAUGUUUGGUGGGAACGACUUCCGGUCGGCUAACGAGCCGGCUUCAAACAAGAAAACAGUGACCAUAGAGGUUGAUCCUCGUAAACAAACGUCACCUUUAGCAGUCAAGCGCAACAAAGAAUACGAGCCGUACGACAGUAUACGGACAUCAAGUGCAGCGGCCAACACGACAGGCAUAAGUUGGACGACGGGCACCGAGCGUGUUCGAACACAUGUUCGGACAGCGCGAUCCAACCGAACAGAGCUGAAGACGCGUGGGGGACCAGGCCGAGACCUCUCUACGUGUGUCAAAUUAUGCCUCACCAAGGUGAAGUUCCAACACGAGAUAUAUCCAACGGGAGGUAUCCACGCGUCGCGGCAGACACUGGCCAUUAGCAAAAUAGAAAUACUGGACAGACUCGAGUGCAGCCAUAUCAACAAACUGCUCAGUCAAUACAAACUAAAGGAUGAACCGGAGAGGAAAAAUGCACAUAUGUUAAUAGUAAAAGCGGUACAUCUCCGACCGGAGCCGGCCCUGUCUGCGCAGGAGUGCUGUCUCAAGGUGUCGCUGUUGCCGCUCAGGUUUAACCUAGAUCAAGAUACGCUAGCUUUUCUGGUUGGGUACUUCUCUAAAUUAGGCACCGACGAAUCCGGUGAUGAGGAUAUUGGCGGCGUACUGUCUGCGACGGUAGCGGAGGGCUCGCGGCAGACGACGCCCACACACCGACCGCCCGUGAUGAGCAUCGCCAGCCACCUGCGGGACCCGCCGCCCACGCCCACCUCGCUCGGCGACGCGGAUUCACUCUCCCUCAAUGAAGCUGUGAUACGCAAUGAAGAACCGUUAAUGGAGACGUACGAAGCGGAGCGACUGGUCGCCGACAAUCUAAUUCAACUCGAAGAAGAUUUCCACCGCCUCGGCAUCAGUCAAGAAAAGCCCGUACCCAAACUGCCCGUUGACACAGAGCCGGUUGAUGACUCACCAAUAUAUUUCAGACGGGUGGUGUUUUCACCUGAGGUACCAGUGCGAUUGGAUUAUGUGGGCAAGCGAGUGGACCUGUCGGCCGGGCCAGUCGCCGGCUUGCUUAUGGGACUUGGGCAACUUAACUGCUCAGAACUCACACUCAAAAGGCUCGACUACAGGCUUGGACUACUGGGCCUGGAGAAGUUAGUCCAGUGGGCAUUACAUGAAUGGCUGACGGAUAUCAAGGCUCACCAGUUACCCGGUCUGCUCAGCGGGAUCGGACCUAUGCACUCGCUACUACAACUAUUGACUGGCAUCCGCGACCUGGUGUGGCUGCCGGUGGAGCAGUGGAGGCGCGACGGGCGCCUCGUGCACGGCCUGCGACGCGGCGCGGCCUCCUUCACGGCGCGGACUGCGGUCGCCGCUCUCGACAUCACCACGCGCCUGCUGCAGCUCAUACAGGCUACAGCAGAGACUGCUUUCGAUAUGUUAACGCCGGGCCCUACUCUGCAACUACAAGACGCAUAUAACCGUCGUCAACGGCGCCGACGUAGGCAACAGGAUCCAUCACGACACCCAGCCGAUAUACGGGAAGGCGUUGCAACCGCUUAUCAGACUGUCAAGGAGGGGUUCGCGGAGACGGCGGAGACGAUGGCUCUGGCGGCGCGCAGCUCGUCGGGCGCGGGCGUGCUGCGGCACCUGCCGGGCUGCGCGGUGGCGCCGCUCGCGCUGGCGGCCGCGGGCGCGGCUGACGUGCUGGGCGGCGUGCGCGCCCACCUCGCGCCGCACCAGCGCAGAGACCUCGCCGACAAGUGGCGCCGCCCCCCACGCGCACGAGAAGAUGGAACCGACUAAACUUCUAUCGUUAUUUUACGGCGUAUGUGCGAUGAACUCUCAAUCAUCUAUUUGCUAUAACGGUGAAGGUUCUAAUAGAAGUGAUAGAAUAUAUAAAUUACUUUUAUAAAAAAUACUUUUAUACUCGUAUCUGAAUGCUUUACCAUUAUUGUUGUGAACAAAAAUGAAUCUUAAUUAUCUCGUAAUAAAUCUUAUUAAUGAGCUACCACUAAUCAUCAAGAAGUGUUACAAUCCACGCAAAAACUAUGUGUCGAAUUAAAAAAAUAUUCCUCUUGUUUAGUUAGCAUGUGGUGUAAGGCACUCUUGGAAAGGGCGGCUAAAUGUCAUAAUGGAUAUUAUAUAAAAUUUUAUUGAAAAUUAUUUAAAGCCACGUAGAACAGUGGUUAUAUGUGAUGUAUAGUUAUAGAAACAAAGUUACAAACAUUACAGCGAUAAUAUUAUAUAUUUAGCAAAAGAAUUACAAAAUUAUUUUGUUAUAUAUGUCA